AUGCUUAUUUAUGUCAGUGAGAACUUGAGCAGUGGAGCAGAGCUGCUAGUCCAGACACUGGAGUCAAAAUAUCACUUUUCAAGGAUACCGACAGAUACCACAAUUGAUGAAGAUCGUAUUGCCAAAAUCAUAGACUAUGCGACUGCUAACUACACCAAAAACCUGGUUUUCCAGGGCAUUUUAGGGCUCGAAAAGCUUCAAAAACUGGAAAAACGACCCUUUUUCAUGCAUGUAACCAUAGAAGCAGCUUUGAGAAUUAGGCUUCAGGUAUGGUCCCGUAACUUCAAUGACAGUGUGAAAGAUACCGAAAAGUUUCUGCAACACACAGAAGCUAUACUGGAGCGUAACCCAGAUUUACCAAUGGUUUUUGGCCGAGCGGAUGUGAAAAUUUACGUAAGAACCGCAGAGAAACUGCAGCUUGACAUUCUCGCAAAAGAGCUAGACAAGCACCUGAAAAGUGCCUGUCAAGGCCGCGAUGUCGCCGCUCCUUCUGCACAUACAACACCAUUCAGACCGGAUUGGGAUACCUACUUCAUGAAAUUGGCAACUUUGGCAGCAUCGCGCUCGAAUUGCAUGAAAAGACGGGUUGGAUGUGUUAUUGUCCGUGAUUCCAGGGUGAUAGCGACAGGUUACAACGGUACACCUCGCCAUCUAAAGAAUUGUCAUGAUGGAGGCUGUGCACGCUGUAACAGUGGUGAACACUCUCAACUCAGUAGCUGUCUGUGCCUCCAUGCCGAAGAAAAUGCAUUACUCGAAGCUGGUCGCGAUCGGGUUGGUCUAAAGGCCGUCUUAUACUGUGACACAUGUCCCUGUCUGACUUGUUCCGUCAAAAUUGUGCAAACAGGUAUUCGUGAAGUCGUUUAUUCGCAAAGUUACCGAAUGGAUGAAGCCAGCUUCAAGAUUCUGCAAGAAGGUGGAGUUUUAGUGCGGCAAUUCAGUUUUAAGGAAGUGCCACACUAUAGUGUGGUGUGA